UCUGAAUCCCAUGUAUUCCAGGAAGUUCUGAGCGGUGGUUAUUUGUACCGCAUUUUCGGCAAUAUCACGUACUCUGAUGUACAGUCAUUCCUCCUGAUAUAACCCCUAGGAAAGUAACAGAGUCAUGGCUCUGAAGAAAGUAAAGGGGACCCUUGAUAGGGUUAUGGAAAAGAACCUACAGGAUCUUGUCAGAGGGAUCCGAAAUCAUAAGGAAACUGAGUCCAAGUACAUCGCCGAGUGUAUUGAUGAGAUUAAACAGGAGUUGAGGCAGGAAAAUGUCCCAAUCAAAGCGAAUGCGGUCAGCAAGCUCACUUACCUCCAAAUGCUGGGCUAUGACAUCAGCUGGGCAGCGUUCAAUAUCAUUGAGGUUAUGAGCUCAACCAAAUUCACUUAUAAGAGAAUGGGUUAUCUAGCAGCCUCACAAAGUUUCCACGAAGGGACAGAUGUCCUCAUGCUUACCACGAAUAUGAUAAGAAAGGAUUUGAGUGCACAGAAUAUCUAUGAUGCUGGGGUCGCCUUGAAUGGCCUUUCUUGCUUUAUGACAACAGACUUAGCAAGAGAUCUGGCCAACGACAUCAUGACAUUGAUGAGCUCUUCCAAGCCAUACCUCAGGAAGAAAGCCAUAUUGUUAAUGUAUAAAGUAUUCUUGGCAUUCCCGGAGGCAUUGAGACCAGCGUUUCCACGUUUAAAGGACAAGUUGGAGGAUCAAGACCCAGGUGUGCAGUCAGCAGCAGUGAAUGUGAUAUGUGAAUUAGCACGGAAGAAUCCGAAGAACUACCUGUCGCUGGCGCCAGUGUUCUUCAAGCUGAUGACCAGUUCCUCCAACAACUGGGUCCUCAUCAAGAUCAUCAAACUGUUCGGAGCUUUAACCCCCUUGGAGCCAAGACUUGGGAAGAAACUUAUCGAGCCACUCACCAACCUCAUUCACAGUAAUGAUGUGAUGCAAAAUCGCACGUCGGCCAUGUCUCUCCUCUAUGAAUGCAUCAACACCGUGAUAGCAGUCCUUAUUUCUAUAUCUUCAGGCGUACCGAACCACUCUGCAUCUAUACAGGAUAAAACCAGCAAGAAUUAUAUGGAUCUCUGUGUGCAGAAGCUGAGGAUACUGAUUGAGGAUUCAGAUCAAAAUCUGAAAUAUUUAGGACUACUGGCGAUGUCAAAAAUUCUGAAAACUCACCCCAAAAGUGUCCAGGCGCACAAGGACCUGAUUCUGCAGUGCCUUGAUGACAAGGAUGAGUCCAUCAGGUUGCGUGCCCUUGAUCUUCUCUAUGGAAUGGUGUCCAAGAAGAAUCUGAUGGAGAUUGUGAAGAAGUUGAUGGUCCACAUGGACAAGGCAGAGGGCUCCAACUACCGGGAUGAACUACUCUCCAAGAUCAUUGAGAUUUGUAGCCAGUCCAACUAUCAGUAUAUUACCAACUUUGAAUGGUAUGUGAGUAUACUUGUCGAGCUGACCAGGAUAGAAGGGACGAGGCAUGGAAAGUUGAUUGCCAACCAGAUGUUGGAUGUUGCCAUACGGGUUCAGGCCAUACGCUCUUUUGCUGUCUCGCAGAUGGCAAUUCUUUUGGAGAAUUCACACAUUCUUGUUGGGAACUCUCAGAGGAAUGGCAUCUGUGAAGUCCUCUACGCUGCUGCAUGGAUAUGUGGGGAAUUCUCCGAACAUCUAAAGGAUACCCGAUCCACCCUGGAGGCCAUGCUGCGUCCAAAGGUCACCCAACUGCCAGGGCACAUCCAGAGUAUUUACGUACAGAAUAUCCUCAAGCUCUACUCACGUCUGCUGAGCAAAGCGGAGCAGGAGGAAGAUAUGGAACAGAUCAAGGAGGUUGGAAACUUGUUGAUGGACAAGCUGCCCAUGUUUGUGCAAAGUGCCGACCUCGAAGUUCAAGAAAGAGCGUGCUGUGUGCUCCAGCUGAUGAAAUAUGUGAUAAAACUGCAGGAAAAAGGAAACAAUGUGGCCGAUGAGGUGUCGGCCAUGUUUGCUGGGGAGUUGAACCCUGUGGCCACAAAGGCCCAGAGAAAGGUCCCUGUUCCAGAUGGGCUUGAUCUGGACCAGUGGAUCAAUGAACCGCCAUCUGACAGCUCAGAUGAUGAACUCAAAGGUGCUAAUAUAUUCACUGCAAUAGAUCGGGAUGAUCAUAGGAGAUUAAACCAGACGGAGAGUAGGAAGACUCGUGAGCCGACAGACGAUGAGCUCAGGAGGAGUCGUGAACAAAGGAGGAUGGAACAACAGAGUAAUCCUAACUACCUUAAGGGAGACGUGAAGGGGAGCUUGAAGUAUCAUGAUUUCAAUAACUAUGAUGAUGUACCAGUGGCAGAGCUGGACAUCAACAUACCACUUCACGUCUCUGGGAAAACACUGCCAGGCCUGUCAUCUUCAGAUGUGUACCUGAAGAUUCACCAGAAACAGCAGCAGGAGAUACGCGAGAAGAAGGGAGGCAGCAAGAAGAAGAAGAAGCAUAGGAAGGGCAAGAAGAACCAGGUGGAGAGUGACGAAGAAGAGGUGGUGGCCGCACAUGUCGUCAGCACAAAAAUGGAUGCUCCAGAGAGUUCCGCAGUGGGUGCUACUGGCUCCGAUAAGGAGACGGAAAAUGACAUGAAACCCGACGAUCCUCACAAAUACCUUGAUAUUAACUUAGACGAGCCCCUUCGUGAUGAUGAGAAAAUUCCAGUGAGGCAGCAUAGGGUUGUCUCCAUCUUGAGUAGUGAGGACCACAAUGGGGAGCAGGCGGAUACACCAAAGAAGAAGCGUAAGAAGGAGCGACAUCACAAGAAGAAGGAGGAAAAGAAGACGGACAAAAAGAAACACAAGAAGGAGCACCGACACCGCCACAGUAGUCGGGCAAGCGAACACGAUGAUGGUCCCAACCUACUCGUAGGUUCUGUUGAAGAUCACCCAGAUGAGGACUUGACUAAACCAACGUCAGCAAAACCACCAAAUACGCUUAACACACAGCCAAACGAGGAGAAAACGGUUGAUGACUUUGAUUUCUGGCUGUCAGGGAGCGAUUCAGUCAGCACACCUGCCAAGAGUGUCUCGCCAGUCACACCUAGUAGAGAGAAAAUACCAGAGAUCGAGAUAGCCCACGCUCCAAUUGACGAUUCGGACGAGGAUUCAAAACAUGAUGAGCAAAAACAUAGAAAAAAGAAGAAAGAAAAGACCAAACAUAAGAAGAAAGAAAAGAAGAAGAAGAACAAAAGUGAAUACGAAGAGGCUGAGGGUAUUACAACACCUUCUAAAGAACAGGUGCCCCCCAGCAGUCAGCCUACGCCGGUCACACCACAAUUGCCUCCGAUGUCCAGUUAUCAACUACUAGGUGAAAAUAUCCAAAUAAAGAUGAUGUACGAGACCCGAGUGAAUGCCCAACAAUCGAAAUCUGUUGUGGUUUCCGUCAUCUUUUCCAACCUCACAGAGAAUCAUAUCAAGGACUUAGAAUUUAAUGUGAUGGAUUCAAUGAACACAAAAUUAUUACGAGGGGUUGGGGCCAGUGUACACGAUGCUGUCAAGGUGCCAUUCAUCCUACUUCCCACAGCUCAGAAUGAAGGACAGUUUGCCUUCUCGCUAGAACAUAUCAACAUGCCUCAGAAAUUGAAGGGAACACUGACAUACAUUGUCAAGACAGAUGAAGGCUCCACGCACGAGAAAUUAGACUUUAGAAUUAAUCUACCUUGUUCAGCCUAUAUGGUGGGAGCUUCAUGCAAAGGGGCCAUGUUCACAGAACUUCUUGGCAGUGGGGAACUGUCAGAAAAGUAUUCCAAUAAGUUCACGCCAGUGGAUACUGAUCUUGCCCUCAUACUAGCCAAAACAUGCUUUUAUGGACAUUUUAGUGUUGUUGAGCAAAUCGAGAACAGUGCCUCGUUAUAUGGGAAAUCUAUUCAAGGUCACCAUGUGUGUUUACUAGUCAAAAUGCUGCCUGGUAACGUCCUUAGCGUUGAUGCCAAAAGUAGUGAUGCGUCUCUUGUCUCCAAUCUGGUCGAUGACAUCAAGUCAAUACUCACCAAGUCAAGUUAGAACUUAACUGCUCACAUAGCAGUUGCGCUCAAAAACAAAUAGCGUAGACUGUAAAUAGUGUCUGCCCUGCAUUGAUUCCAUUAGGUUUUUAAAAGAAUUUUUGGAAAAUUGAAAGGUUUAAGUGAUUUUUGUCAGAGUUCUAGAUAAACUUUCGGUCAAAAAACAGAUGGGGAAAAAAUGAGUUUUUCUUUAAUUUCUAUGUCAUCUGUAAAUAUGCUUGCAACCUUUGAAUUCUUGCUUAAAAGGGAUAUCAUGUAAAUUUGUUGAUAAAAGAACUUGAAAUGGGUAUGUAAUUGUCCUCUGUUCAGAGGGUCUAUUUUCCAAUUUUGAUAAUGCUGCGAUGAGAUGAAGCACUAAAGUUAAAUUCAUCUAUAUGUUUCUUAAAUGUAUUCACAAACCUGAUUGAAUCAGAGUGUUGGCAGAUGUCUCCAGUUAGGAUUAAGGCAAUCAACAUGUCGCAUGUACAUAAAACAUUACGCUGUCUAUCUGUCAGUCCAUAUAAAGUUACUUCAUCACAUAUCUCUUUAUAAAUGCUGCGAUGCCUAUUACUGCAGUGGCAUGGCUUUUCAUAUUGCCUUGCGUGGAACUUUUAGUUGUAAAAAAAUGCAUUCCAGACUGAACCAAUGUAAACUGGAGAUUUUGUUUAUUUUGUCAAUCUGUCACCCAGUGGGCAGCUGCUAGAUCCAUGGUCAGUUUUAGGGCUUUUGCCUUGAGCUCAUGCCGAGAGGGUUCUAAUAUCUCUACCCUGAGCAUAAGGCACACAAGUUAUGAGUGCAACUACUAGUAUAGAUCUUGUUUGAAACUCCGAAAGCUUUUUCCUCUGGUUGAAAACCACAUUUUGUGUAAUCAGUUUAAACAUUUGUUAAACCAACUCCAGGUGGUGUUUCCUUGAUACUGUGGUAAUCACGCUAUAUUUCUGCUCCGAUACCAAUUUCAUAUCCAAUACUUUGUCUAGUAGUAUAAUUACUGGUAUAUUGAACACUGGUACAUCAUUCUCCUAUAUCCAGCCAAUCGUAUUACUUGCUGCCAUUUACUGUGGAACUGCUACCUGGGAACCACACUAAAUUUUGGUUCUCUUUGCGACAAUUUGGACAAAAGAUAUGUAAAUAGUUAUAUAAAAACUUGUCAGUAUAUUUUGACGGGUCAGAUUCUACUUGGAGCUGGCAACAAUUAUCAAAGUAUUUGAAAUUUAGCAAUACGAAAUUUAUAUUGUUCCCUACAUAAACAAAUUGCUCCACAUAACAGGCCAAUGCUUCACAUCAAUACUUUAAAACCAGCAAAUUCCUUAAGAUUAGAAAAUACUUUGAUGAUUGCUGUCAAUCUCCUGAAACGUAUUAUCAUUCCAAUAUGCGAGUGCUUCGUGCUAAUUCUUUCCAGGAUUCCACAUAUUCAUGUGUCUAUUUUUGUCCUACAUUGUCACCAUGUCUUGUCAUUAUGUGCAGUGGUCGUGUGUAAUCUUGUCGAUUUAUUAUGUAUCCAGCAGUGAAUCAUGUAUAAAGUCUACCUGAAGUAUGCAGGAGGUAUGUUUACCGAGCCAGUGGAUCAUAUUUGGAUCAGGUUCAAAAGCAAGCCAAAUGUAUGUAUUGUAGUCAACAUUGUCUUGCACAUUAUGUUCUUGCCACUUGUGAUGUGUUAAGGAUUGAGCUGUGCUGGAUUGCUUGUCAUGUAACAAAUUGCCUGGCUGCAUUGGAGAUUUCUUGGUGAAAUUGACUGGUUUGUCUGAUUCCACCAAUGUAUUCAAGUAAUUUUUCUAGUUUACAGAUGUUAACUCUGCUACAGUACCAUUAGGCUCCAUUCAACUGCAGUGAUGAGGGCGGGAAACUGCACACUUUCCACAGGCUUCGGAUUAAGUUCUUUAGAGUUAUUUGUUUGGCAAUUGCAGCUGUAAAAGCUGUGAUGGUAAACCAUUGUAGUGGAAUCGAGCAUUAUUGGUAGAGAACUUGCUCCCAUGUUGGUGAGGUCUUCUCGCCUAGGAAUUGCCCCAUGAGUGCAUGUGAUAAGGCCUGAAAUGACAGAACUUCUUUCGAAUACCUUGACGAAUGCUCCAGUGCAGGUGUCCAGUAACUUUGCAUGACACGUGGUUCAUGCAUAUCUUUAUGUAUAUUAGUCUUUUAAAUUGUACAUAUGUACAAAACGCUACACUGCACUACAUGUAUAUUACAUUUAGCGGAAGAAGAAUCCAUAUGUGAUAAAUCCUACUUGAAUUAACAGAUUGACAUAGAUGGCGGCUGUUAAGUUGCAUGCCAUCAUGUAAGAAAGUGUAACAGAAAGAGGAAUAUGACUCUUCAUGUAAACUUGUAUGUGGUUAAAACCAGUUUUGUUGCAUAAGAAUCGACUUGUAAAUCCUAUGUAUAGUUUCUGUUUCUCUUGAUUGUAUAGGAGUCAUUGGACUGUAUAAAUCAUUCCCGUAUGGUGGUGCAUACUUGCGACUGAAUUAAGAAUGACCGAGUGACAGAAAAGAGCAACGACAGAUAAUAUCACUUUUCCCAGAGUUGUCAGUUCGCUCAUUUUGACCAACUGUUACUCUCAAUUUUGUUGCCUGUCGGCGACACCUCAAGUCUAACUGUUAAAGUAUUUAUAGAGAGGACAGUAUGAGGAAUGUCCCUUCUCAUCUACAUGUACAGGGCUUAUUUCAGAUGCAAGAAGAUCCUGUGAAUAUUUGGCUCUAUUGGCCAGUCUUUUUGAAAAAUGAAUGCUAUGAACUCUCAUGCAGUUUGGUGAUGAGGUAAGUUUGAUUGCUAAUUGCUUGAAUCCCAUUAAUCUGAAAGGUGGGCCGGCUGGCUUCUGGUUUUUGUGUGGGGAGACCUUUGAGAUAGAAGGGUUGCUUUUCAUAUUGCUCACUCUUCAAACAGACUUCAAUAUCAUCUGCAUAUUUCUGCUCAUAUAUCGGCAUUUUGUGCCAAGUAUUUUAUAACAUCACUUGGCACUGUUCGUCUAAACAGGUCACCUGAAAUGUCAUGUGGUUGAGUUUUGAAAUGUGGAAUUUCCAGUAACUUCCAAGUAGGCUCUGUGAUUCCUGAUUUAUAGAAAACACCUACCGGACUUGCCUUUUCUGGUAAUGUCUUGUCUGAUAAACAAGUCCUACCGAGAAUGAUGAGGCUUAUAACUUUAAGCUGAAGACAUUUUCAUUACUAGGAAGAUAAAAUUGGGAACUGUAGCCCCAGCCAUUGUUCUCUAUUAACACACUUGAGAAUUUAGAGUAGAACAGAAGGGAAUGGCUAACAUUCCCCAUUUUGCAUUGGUUAAGGGCCAACUCGUUAAAAACCAGUUGGUUGCGAACUAGACGUUAACAACAUUGCAUUAACUUCAGUCCAAUCAAAUAGUUUAAACCUAGUUAAGAACCUAGUUCAGACAAAACUUGUUUUCAUCAGCUGUGCCCCGAUUUAUUCAUUCCUUGUGUUUUGUCUCAGUUCCUGUUUCAAGUGAUUUGGUAUGUCGAGUAUUUUAUGAAAGAGUUAGAUUCAAAGGUGAUCUGUUAUGUGAAGAAUCUAUGAAUAUAUUGUAUUUAUUGAAGAAAAUUCAUGAUCUAAUAGAUAAACAUGAAUUUUUGAAUCGAUGAAAAAAUAGAAAUGAGAUUGCAACA